UUUGUGCUUUUAUACUGUUGGACAUACGGGAAACAGAAAGUGUCCGGGUUCACGCCUCUUAAUCGCCGAUCAGCAGCGCUUGGAAACGCCGCAAAUAUACUCGAAUUGAUCGACGGAUUUGUCCCUCAUUCAACUAAAGAUUAAAAAAGACCAACUACACAAUCGUAGAAAUCAAAUCGCGAUAUCUGUGGUGAUUUUCUUCAGUGAAAUGGCAGAAGCCAGCAUUUCAGUGGAUCAGGAUCAGUUCUGCUGUCCUGUGUGUCUGGAUCUCCUGAAGGAUCCAGUGACGAUUCCCUGCGGACACAGUUACUGUAUGAGCUGCAUCACUGACUUCUGGGAUCAGGAGGAUCAGAAGGGAAUCAACAGAUGUCCAUUAUGCAAACAGACCUUCACACCAAGACCAGUUUUAGGUAGGAAUGUGGUGAUUGCUGAGAUGGUGGAGAAACUGAAGAAGACGAGACUCCAAUCUGCUCCUGCUGCUCCUGCUGCUCCUGCAGUUGAUCACACUGAAUCUGGAGAUGUUCAGUGUGACUCCUGCACUGGAAUAAAACAGAAAGCAGUGAAGUCGUGUCUGGAGUGUCGAAGCUCUUACUGUCAAAAUCACCUUGAACAGCAUGAGAAUCUCUUCAGAAGUAAAAGACACAAUCUGAUGGAUGCCACUGGACCACUGCAGGAGAUGAUCUGUCCUCAACAUGAAAAAAAGAGACAUUUUAAGGAAACCCAGAGAAACAUCCAGCAGAGAAUCCAGCAGAAAGAGAAAGAUCUUCAGCGUCUGAGAGAGGCUGUGGAGUCUCAUAAGCGCUCUGCUCAGACCGCAGUGCAGGACAGUGAGAGGAUCUUCACUGAGCUCAUCUGCUCCAUUGAGAGACAUCGCUCUGAGGUGAUUCAGCUGAUCAGAGAUCAGGAACGAGAUGCAGUGAGUCGAGCUGAAGAACGACAGGAGAGACUGGAGCAGGAGAUCAAUGAUCUGAGGAGGAGAGACGCUGAGCUGAAGCAGCUUUCAGAGAUAGAUGAUCAUGUUCAUUUCCUCCAGAGUUUGUCGUCUGUCUCUCUCUCUGAAUCUACAGACAGUUUCACUGUCAGUUCUCAUCUGUCUUUUGAUGAAGUAGUGAAAUCUGUCUCUCAACUCAGAGAUGAAAUGCAGCAGUUCUGCAGUGAGGAGACAGAAAUGAUAUCUGGAAGAGUGAAAAUCGUCCAGGUCAUUUUGGCUCCUGAAUAUCAGACCAGAGAGGAGUUUCUACAAUAUUUCCGUCUGUUGACUCUGGAUGUGAACUCAGUACAUUAUCGGCACCGUCUGUUUGAGGAAAAUACAGCGAUCACCUUCUCUGACACACGUCUGCCAUAUCCUGAUCAUCCAGACAGAUUUGAUUGUUGGGGGCAGGCGAUGUGUAGACAAAGUUUGACUGGACGCUGUUACUGGGAGGUGGAGUGGAGUGGCAGAGGAGAGACAUCAGGAGUAGAUAUAUCAGUGGCAUAUAAGAGCAUCAGGAGGAAGGGAUCAGAUCCUGAGAUUGAUGCUGGAUGCAAUAAUCAAUCCUGGAGAUUGUACUGCACUCCUGACUAUUGCUCAUUCUGGCACAAUAACAUCGAGACUGAACUCCCUGUAGUGUCCAGCCGUAGAAUAGGAGUGUAUGUGGAUCACAGCGCAGGGAUUUUGUCCUUCUACAGCGUCUCAGACACAAUGAGCCUCAUCCACAGAGUCCAGACCACAUUCACUCAGCCGCUCUAUGCCAUGCUUGGACCAUAUUAUAACACAAGGGUGAAACUGUGUCAAAUGACCAAUUAAAUCAGAUAUUCUAUGUAUUAUUUUGUCUUAUAACAUGAUUAAACAGUACUAGUAAAAAAUCAUGGGGCUUAUUUUCUCAUCAGAAAAUUCCACCAGUGUAUGUGUAAUAAUCACAGAUCUAAUAAGAGUAAAUUUUCUCAUUAAAUGAGUAUAAUAAUGGCUGUAUAAGAGAUAGGGAAUGUUGAAAAAUGUGUGUGUGGGAAUUUGUAAUUUUGUUGAAAUUUGUUUAAACUUUAGUUUGACUGUAAGAAGUAGCUUACAGAUCUCCCAAUAAAAUAUUUGUAAUAAAUAAAAUGCAUUGAUUACUCAUCAAA